AUGUCCCGCAACUACAAAAUGGACACUGCCAUGGGCUCCAUAAAGAGCAACAUGAUCUUUGAUUCCACUCCAUCCCUGCCAAAGGAAGUCCUGCUGGAGACCACCCUCAAAGCCUUUGGGUAUAACGAUAUGUUAGAGGUCAGUAUUGAAGGUAAUGGAUAUGAACCGAGCCUUGAGGCCCUUUUUGGAGAGCAAGGUUUCUUCCCGGACUCUGUCUCCAAGGCCAUGUACUGGGCUGGUCUCAAGAUGCCAGACUCGGUCCAACAGGUGCUGGAGAACUGGAUUGCUCCCUUGAGGAGUGAGAGAAGGAAAAUACAGGACCUUGUAAGAGACAUUGGACAGAACUUCCAAAAGCUUGUCAGCGAACUACACUCUCAAGACUCCGCUGCCAUGGCCUACCUAAGGAUUCUUGGAGAUGAAGUUGGAUACAUCAAGUCCAGUGAGAUGGAGCACAUGGCCCCGACCCUAGCUAUGUACUCUGACUCCCUUUGUUUCUUUAUUUUUGCACAGGCCAUGCAGUCUCUAAUGUCCAGCACUAACAAUGAGCUUUAUGCCCACUAUAUCUUCCUGGAUGAGAGCUUUUUCCUGCCCUCUGCGUCUGGUUUACCCCUGAAAUUCUCCUUGUCUGGUGUCUUUGCCCCUGGAGCUAAGGGAGGUCUGAACUUUUCCCCUGUCAUGCAGCAGUUGUCUUUCAUGCAAUCUAUUGGUGUAGAGUUUAUUACACAACUGGGUAUCGACAUUUCUGAGUUUGUGGUGGCUGGCAUCGAGAUGCACACCAACAUGUACCAUGAGAGUUCCCUGAACGCCAAAGUCACCAUUAGCAGGAAUGUUAUCAAACUCUCCAUCCCUGCACCCAAGGGAACUACUCAGCUAUUCAGUGUCAGGUGGGAAUUACUCUAA